CGGCGUACAUGCACGCCUAUAAAUAGCUAGUUAGAGAGGAACGCGUGAGAUGCAUACACCUCGGUCUAGAGCGAUGGAGAUGAGUAAAUGGUGGAGAACGAUGAAGUCAAGGCCAUCCGUACUUUCACCACUUGGACGAGCAGUAGUCAAGUACAUAGACACAUUAUGAUAUGCGCAGAAUACGGGGUGGUCGAGAGACAUGAUGAGAUGAGCACGGCAGAAGCUGCUUGUAUCGGCUAAAGUUACGCCUUUUGGAGCGGUGGUUGUAAUUGCCACCCUGGCCAGUCUUCUCAUCUUCUCAUCAGCACCCAACAACUGGUCUUUCUUCGAAUACAUCAACAUGGAUAGGUCAAUACCACGUAACUCUUCAGACGUAGUGGAUCCCAUUGGUGGUCACUCGAUUCCAGGACCGCGUCGCAGUGGACGCACAAGAAUGGCCAUGGGUACCUGCGACGCUGAUGCGCAAUCAUCGAAUCACGCCACCAAAACCAUGUCGAAGAGAAAACGACCAAGCGCCAACGACAUUGUCAUGGCUGAUCCAUCGCAAGAGACAUCAUAUGUGCAAGAAGUCGUCACAGCAAGCAGCUCCAAACCGACGCGUAAACGUGUGGCGAGCAAGCAACUCAGCAAGUCUGACGUCGCGGAUGCCGAGCCGAUCACUAAGUCGCGUCCUCGUGGUCCUUCCAAGGAUGCUGGAAACCUGAUCGAUCUGACUGGAGACGAAGAUGCCGCUCCAAAGUCCAAGAAGCCGAAAAACUCCAAGUCUGAGAAGGGCGAGGAGAAACGUCUGAGAAAUUACCGCACACAGGCACCUCAAAAGUAUGCCGCUGUUGUACUUCGGGCCACGACUCAGCGUAUGGUGGUUAUUGAUAGACGCCGCGCAAACAGCUAUGACUGUUCACACCACGCUUCUCGCUGCAUGUCUGAAGAGGUCGACCUCGCUGGCUCCACUGGCAAUGUCUAUACGGUCAAGAUCACUCAUGUGCCGGAGUGUACUUGCCCAGACUUCCGAAUCAAUCGAAAUCCACAGUGCAAACAUAUUCUCUAUGUGCUGCUUAAGAUUCUCAAAGUGCUGGAGCCGCUAAACUAUCAGGCAGCCUUCUUGACCUCGGAGCUCGAUGAGAUAUUUGACCAUGCAGGACCACUGCCCACCGAAACCAUCCAGACCGAGGACAAGGACGGCAAGCGUAAACCAGUCGAAGGAGACUGCCCAAUAUGUUGCGAGGAACUAUCACAAGAGACCGAGGCCAUUGUCUGGUGUCAGGCUGCGUGCGGUAACAAUCUUCACAAGACUUGCUUUGACCAGUGGGCUGCCACUAAAGGCCAUGGCCAAGUGACAUGUCCCUAUUGUCGAACACAGUGGCAGAGCACAGUCGAUGGUGGUACUCUUAAGGGGAUGGCGAAGACAGGCCAGAAGAACAGGGAUGGUUACGUCAAUGUGGCAGAUCAAGUUGGCAUGUCCACGAGAAGAGACUAUUCGACGUACCACGAUUACUGGGUUCGUGCACAGCUACGAGACGGGCUGCUCGAUGACGGCGGCUACGAUCUCGGUUACGAGGAUGAUGACUACUGAAGGCCAUUGGCGCUUACUGAUACUUGACGACACAUAACAACAGAGCCCUCGCUCACGGGCUGACAGCCUCUGGGAUGCUGUGAGACUUGCUCUAUAGCUAGGCAUGUAUUAAUGAUUUGACCCACCAGACUGAUUUGCUUGAGCUCGCUCAGCUGUAGGCCUUUGCUUCUGCUAUGCUUCGCAGUA